GGAGGACAAAAAAAAGAGGAUGUAAUUAUUUUCGAUUCUACCUUCAUCUCAGCGACAAUUUCCAUAGGGUACGUAUUGAUCUUUUUCGUGCCUUAAAUAUUCCUCUCCUGUCUGUUCUAUGUUGACCAUGACAAGUGUAAGUGUGUGUUGUACAUUCCUUAUGUUAUUGAGAGAUGUUGUAGAGCCGGCGGUCAUGAUCUCGAGACGGAUUGGGUUCCGUGCUUCUUAUCUAUACCAUAGCUUUUGAGAUUUAACUCGACGAGUUGCUGCAGUUAUUCGGAACAUCAUCAAUCUCCAUCAUCCAAAUGGCCGCCAUCGAGUUUCGGCGCGCCAACUUCAAUCUGGAAACUGCGGUAGAUGCGGACGUUAGCGCCCCUCUAAAACUCGAGCUCACCUUUGAGGUUCUCGACAUUUUGCCAAACGCCGUGGAGAUGAAGCUUUCCUUUCUGCCGCCGGUAGAUUUGGGUAGUUCCGACGACGAGGAGGAUGUUUCCGAGGAUUGUGAGGGCGCUGGGAAUAACGCUGACGAGGACGACGACGAUGUUGAGAAUAACAAGACCGAAAAAUCUACUGCGAACAAAAGUUCCAAGAAGCAGAAAGCGAUUGACAGUAAAACCCUUUCGAUUUUCGUCACCAAUCCGGACGAGCAGAUCCUGGACGAGAUCGAGUGCGGUCCGUUCCAACAGAAGGGCAAGAGGUACGGCGUUCUCAAACGUUACAUUCUCAACUGUUUACAUGAAUUUGUAAUGCAAAACUGCCAUCAGGAUCAAGGUACUCCGUAUGACAAACUGUGCACAAUCUUAACAGCAUGAUCAUCCGUUCCAAAUUUGUAAUGCAAAACGCGCAAUCUUCUUCCCGCUCUCACUUUUACUGUUCUUGCGUCACAGAUUCACUGUUCCGUCACAGAUUCGCGCAACAGUUGAGACUGUAACGUUUGACACCCCCAUAAGAGGAGGGUGAUUCUGGAAGGCCAGGCCCCGGACUAUGACAAAGUUCCGGAGGCGUCGAAGCUGGACAACGGCGGACUUUUGCUGACUGCGACCUAUAAGGAGCAGGAAUUCUACCGCUGCGGCUGGUUUCUCUCCCACAAUUUCAAGGACCAGAAAGUACAGCAGGAGUGGCAAGAGACGGGGAAACGCCCACUGACGGUGGAUUUCAGGAAGGAUUUGCUGCGCCGGGUGGAUUUCGAGCACCCAAUAGAAAACAGAACGAUAAUCGAGUGGGCGGAGGAACAACCGGAGAACGGGUUGAGAAAAAACGCCGGAAAAAUAAAUAACGCCAGCAGCGGGCAUAAUAGCUCCCGAUCGAGCGAAGCGAGCGGCUCGUCUGGUGGUAUUCACAGUGGGGAGCAAGAAGAAAGGCACGCGACAAAAAGGCGGAGAGUUCAGGAAGGCGGCGGAAGGGAAAAAGACCGUCCGUCGAGCGGCAGGUCCAGAGAAGGUGGUGGAGGGAAGAGUAAGCCGAAGUUUAUCAUUGAGUAAAAGAAAUUUUUUCAUCACAUGACCGUUGUUAAUGCGAGCAGGCACUAAGACUACUAGUAUUUUCAUUUUGUUUUUGAGCGACAGCUGCGAGGAAGAU